AUGGAACGAGGAGAUAUAAAGCCAGCUUCCCCUUCUCCCUCAAAGACCCUGUCGGUCCUUGUUGCAACUGCUAUUCAUUUAGAGCUGGUGCGGAGAGAGAACGAUCCGACAUCUAUUGUUGGAGUUGGAGUUGCCAGAGGGGAGAACUUCUCAGGGAAUAGAAAGAAGAAGAAGAAAAAGAAGAGGAGGUGCGGCGCUGAAGUGAAUUCCAAUGAGAAACUAAGCUUGCUGAAGGUGGCAUCAAUGAUAGAGAACUCUGCAAAAUCAGGAGCUGAAACAAGCGAUCUCAGAGGCAAAUUAAUGGACCAAAUCGAGUGGCUUCCAACCUCAAUCGGCAAACUAUCAUCCACCACUGAGCUCGACUUAUCCGAGAACAAAAUCAUUGCACUCCCGCCAACCAUCUCCAACCUCAAAUCAGUUACCAAGCUCGAUCUCCACUCAAACCAGCUGAUGAAUUUCCCAGACUCAUUCGGGGAGCUAAUCAAUAUAACCGACCUGGACCUCCACGCUAACAACCUCAAAUCGCUCCCACCUUCAAUUGGCAACCUGAAGAACAUGGUCAACUUGGACUUGAGCUCGAAUCACUUCACUUCAUUACCAAACUAG